UGCGCAGAUUUAGCGCUUCGUUAGUUGGCUCGAUAUGUAUCAUCGGCCUUGAAGACAUUUGUGGAUAUUUGAACUAUGAGCAAACCAUAAUAUAAAAUACACAGACUUACACAUAAUAACAAUCAAACAUGAGCGCGUCAAACACCUUCAGCAAAGCCGAGAUCAUCACGGCAGUAUCUGUGUCAGUUGGAGCUGCUGCAGUAGGAAUCCUCAUUUACAAAACAAUCUGUAAGAAAGACACAUGUGUGAAGCCAAAGGUGAACCUUGAUGUGCAGAAGGACAACCCCAAAGUGGUGCAUGCCUUUGACAUGGAAGACCUGGGCGACAAAGCCGUUUACUGUAGAUGCUGGAGAUCCAAAAAGUUUCCAUACUGUGACGGCGCACACGCGAAACACAAUCAGGAAACAGGAGACAACGUUGGUCCUUUGAUCAUAAAACGCAAGGAGGCUUAAGACGUACGCUGAGCUGCUCACAACAGUCUAUUCAUAUUAGUGAUUAGUGUGUCUUUACAUGUGUGCUCAGGUUUGGUGAUAUUGUCUGGUUAUGUUAUUCUGUGUGUACGUGUUUGAUCAUAUAAUGUACGGUUGACCGGUUUAGGUGAACUGACCAGUAGUUUGCCAGUAUGUCUUGGUACUUCUGUAUAUUUAAAUUAGCGAUUUUUGGAUUAGGUAUCUGGGUAUAAUUAAAGAAUGCAUAUCUUUUUUCCUCUUCAUCUCUGUAGACUUAAUUGGAUUUCAUAUGUGUGCUGGAUAAUCCAAACGUUCUCCUAAACAUGUUUAAACACUGGUUAUAGAUUAAAGCCACUACAUUAGUCCAGAAAGUUUACACACUACUGCUCGUAUGAGAUUCCCGGAGCCUGAAUGAGCAACAUAUUAGUGGGGGGUUGUUUUAAAAUGGAUAUGAAUGUGUAAUCUGUAUGAAAACUAAAUGGCCACAUUCAUGUGCGCUCUUUGCCUAAUAUACAGUUUGUCACCCGUGACUUUAAAGGAUCAAUCCCAUUGUAUGUAUUUAAGGAUUCUAUUUUUUGAACCAUAAUCACUAAAUCUGACAGAUAUCUAAUUUGGUGUGAAAUUUGACAUUUAUUCACUCUAAUUAUAUUUUUGUCUGCCAUUUAGAAAGCUGUGCUCUCUACAUUUGUUAGUGUGUAUUAUCUAUUUCCAUAACAGGCCAGAAAAUCCGGUUUUUGGGGGCAUGGUUGAAUGUUUGUUUUUCCUCGCAGAGAAGUGCACUGUACGUCAUGUUUGAUAUUUAAUAAAACUUUGUCAAACGGA